AUGGACAGCAACACCAUUCGCCGUAACAAACGUGCUACAGAAACUCCGGCAGAAAAAGCAUGUAGAUUGUUGAAACGUCGGACUACAAAGCAAUCAAAUAAACUCCCAACUUCUGAAGAUGGCCAACCGAAUUCAACUUCCACCGUCACAAAAAGGAAGUACGUCAGAAAAGCACCUCUCGGUCACGUCGAAACGGAUAUUUGGGAACCUUCAAAUCCAGUAACUUCCAACGGAGUUCAAGAUCAUGUAAGUUCGACCCAUGAGAUGAAUCAAAACAAGAAUGCGCAGACUAAUAGUACUAUGGACACCACCGCGACCGAACCACUGCCCAUGAUAGCAAACAAAGGCUCUCAACAAUCCUAUGCACCAGCUACUACAACAAAUCGUGGUCGAGGACGUCCAAGGGGGUCAAGAAAUGCGACCAUUAAACCUAACAAACGUCCCGCCGCAACGUCUCCAACCGAACCAGUACCAAUGCCUCGGCCUCGUGGACGUCCAAAAGGUUCGAAGAACAAGAAACAGCCAUGUGAAACCAACAAGGGCAAAGAACAUGCCGCAGUCGUCGAUGUACCCUCGUGCAAGCCGGGCCGCCCAAAGGGUUCAAAAAGCUCCAACAUUUUGCCGAGAAAGCGCCCCGUUGAAACGAUCCCCACCGAACUUCUACACCUUCCUCACGCACCCAAAUGCGAGCACUGCGGCGCCCACGGGUUCUACAAGGAACCUCCCAAUUUCUGUUGUGGCGGUGGAAAGAUCUCGCUCCAGUUGUCCGAAAUGCCAGAGGACCUGGUCGAACUGUUCACCGGGACGGACGAAGCUUCAGUUCAAUUCAGAAAAGAAGUAAGGAGCUACAACAACAACCUCGCCUUCACAUCGCUCGGCGCAAACUACGACCGCGAACUGGUCAAGAACAUCAAAGGUGUCUACACAUUCAAGGUAAACAGUCAGGUGUACCACUAUCUCCACAGCCUAAAGCCUGGAGAAGGGAAAAACCCGAGAGGAAUCCAGCUAUAUUUCUAUGACUCAGAGGAAGAGCUAAAGGCACGGCUCAGCCAACCGCACAACAGGAUGGCCGAGGAAACAUUAUCUCGCCUGAUGGACAUACUGAAAAACAACCCAUACUGGAAGUUCCUAAAAGACCUAAGAGACGAGCCGAACCUCGACAGUAAAAUCAUCGUCCUCAACACGAGCCCUGUACUGGACCAGAGAAAAUACAACCCGCCAAAGUCAACCGAAGUGGCAGCUAUAUUCACCAACACAUCGAGCGUGGCGGUGGACAAGUCAGUACACAUCCAGAUAUACGACAAGUUUAACAAGAAAUACCGCAUAAAACACUUCGCGGGCUGCUACAACACGUUGAUGUACCCCUUGCUCUUCCCUGCAGGAGAUACCGGCUGGCAUAACGGCAUCGAAAAAAAUCCCAAGAAGCAGAAGCGUUCCAUAGGCGCCACGCCGGCUAAUUCCCUACCACCCGACAUCGACACAGCUGCCAAAUUAGUCGCCCUAGAGAAUAAAGGUACGUCCCCAAUGCAUUUUUAUUUCUCGAUCCAGUACUCAACUACAGAAACAAAAUAG